GUUAACUGUUUUUGGUGGUGUGUGAUGAAGUCAGUUACCACGCGCACACGUAACCAGACGCGACAAUUUUGGAGAAAGUGGUAAAGUCGUCUGCUUGCGACUUUGCAGAAGUUCCCAAAAUUUGUUGGUUGCUUAACCUGUUUAGUAUUGUAAAGAAUGGAUUUAUAAUAAAUAGUUCUGACAACCAUACAGUGAUUUACAGCGGAAAAUAGGGAAGUGUGUGUGUGUGUGUGUGUGUAGUGACUAAAAUAAAUAGCUGGAGAUAAAAUAUGAAUUAUAGAAUCUUACAUUAAUCUCCUUCUCCUGUUUUCAACAAUGAUUAUGGGAUUUAAAUUGUGGACUAUUUUAAGCGUUCUGCUGUGCUUGACAGAUUUGGCGUGUGUGAUAUCAAAGAGUCCUUCAGCGUGUCAGCAAUGUUUACAAAGUUCUAAGUGUCAACCUCCGGACUGCUUCUGUUGCCGAGACGAGCUUAAAAUACCGAAUAUGACACUUUCUCAAAUACCUCAAAUUGUAUUUUUCACUUUCGAUGAUGCCGUAACAGACCAAGUGUCCGGAUUUUAUAAUCAACUAUUUCACAGGUCGCGGAAAAAUCCUAACGGUUGCCCAAUAUCAAUGACGUUAUUUAUUUCGCACGAUAAUACAAAAUAUAGACUGGUAGCCGAAUUUUACAGAAAAGGAAUGGAAAUAGCCUCGCACAGUGUCACACACAACACGAUGAACGGUACAAACUUCUUCCAGGAAGCAAAGGCUCAGAAGGAAAAUUUAGCAAAGCUAGCAGACAUUCCUGUGCACGAAAUCACCGGCUGGCGAAGCCCUUUCCUUAAACCUACGGGCGAUCUUCAACCAGAUGCCCUGAAGAAACUUGGUUACAACUACGACGCAACACUUACAUUUAGCAAAAGAAGCUUUCGAGAAAAGCCACCAGGUCCGUUUACUUUAGAUUUUGGCUAUCCAUACGAGUGUCAGGUAAAACCCUGCCCGAAGCACAAACAUCCAGGAUUUUGGGAAGUGCCAGUGGUGUCUUUGUUAGAUUACAAACAGGCUUAUGAUUGCGUUUAUGUUGAUGGAUGUAUGAAUGCUCCACCUGAUGAAGAUACUGCGUACCAGUUUUUAUGGGAAAAUUUUCAUAAUUAUUACACAACAACAAGAAUGCCUUUUGGAAUAAAUAUGCAUCCAUCCUGGUUUUUCUACCCAGAUCGUCUUAAAGCAAUGGAUCGAUUUAUACAAAAACUAGCGUCUUUAAAUGAUGUAUAUAUAAUAAGUGCUAACAGGAUGCUUGAAUGGCUGAAAAGACCAACACCUCUUCAAGAUCUUCAUUCAUUCACCCCGUGGGCUUGUGACGGAAGUGAAAAGUCGUUUCAGACAGGCCCACGACUCGUGAAAACAAAUCUACCUCCUCCACCUCCACCAAGAUCUUUCAUUUCGUGGACAAAUAGUCCUCCAGUGACAAAUUAUACCCCUGCUCCUCCCGCACGCAGACGAACUGUUACAAAAAUGAGACUCUUUACACCAGCUUUUCAUAAGAAUGAGUCAACGCGAUUCAAUCCGACGCAGGAAAGGAAGAAUUUAUUUACGCUAGACCUAUCUAACACCAGAAGACGCCAACCAUUUCCACAGAGAAAUACUAACUGGAGGCAAAGACAAGCAUUAAACUCUAACCUUGUCCCUCGCAGUCCCGUUGUUCGACUUCGUACCAGGCGACCUGAAAUGCGCACACGCCUACCGGAUAUACCUCCACCAAUAAUACCACGAUUAACUCAGCAGGAGCGACUCGACCAGCACGAAAAGCAUAUGACACGCAGACGACUUUUGGAAGAGCAAAAGCGCCAGAAAGAGAUCGUAGAACAACGACAAAUACAGCAACGCCACCAAGAACUUUUAGAACAACAAAGACAGCAAGAAUUAGCAGAAAAGCAACGCCAUGAAGCUAUGCGUCAACAAAAUGAGAACACAAAUCAACCGAGAAUUUUAUGGAAACCUUCGGCAAUAUCGGCUGAUGCCUCACAAGAUUCCGCUCGUCCUGCAAACAAUAGACGCACGUGGAAGCCUAAAAUUCACCAAGAAACCGUUAAGGUUUGGCCACUUCUAGGUCAAUCAUUUGCAGGUUCGCAGAAUCGUAUACAAGACCGACCAAGGGCUUCGCGUAAUAGACAACGUGAUCGGUUCAACACACGGCAAUUUAUUGUACCAGAUAUACAACGGUCAACAAAUGCCAGAUUUGCGGAAGUCACACCGUCUGCAGUACCAGCACCGAGACGAAAUAUAAACAGGUUUACCGAGUCACCCCGCCAUGUAUGGUAUGCUGAUAUGAGGUCCAGAUUUGGACCAAUCACGAAUGGUCCACGCUUUAGCCGCGGAGGAUCAAACCGUAGACCCGGCUUCGUAGGAACAACACCUAGGCCUAGAAACUCCGGUAGUUCUUCGCAGCGACAACGCCGUAUUCAACCGCAGGAGCUUUCAAAUGAUUCUGUCAUCAGGCGGCGUGAGCGGGAGGAACGGAUUCGCCAACAACAGUCUAGAGAUCGUAGGGGCAGGCGUUUAACAAAUACUUUAACAAACAGUAUAAGUAAUGACUUGAAUAGAGACAUACCUUCAUUAACUAUACGGGACAGAACGGUUAACGAUAUACCACCACCUAGUCGUAGUAUUUAUACCAGAAACCUACUUCAUCCCACGGUCGCCCAACAAUUAGCAUGGAACAGUUUUAUCAGGCAAAUGCUUGGACCUCAUUGAAGAUAAUCCGAAUAGCAAAACUGUUAAUACCUAAAAAUCCAACCACGAACGUAUAAAAUAGUGUUAAUAUUAAAUCAGUUAAGAGUGCUUCUGCAGAACAAUGAGACACAAAUGAUGAUAAAAAGAUAAGAAAACCGCUGCCUCUUGACUGUCCUUCGUCAAUCGUUCCCGACGAGGCUGCAGUACAAAAAAAAGAAACCUAACAAACUUUCAUAUGUUCAAAGGAAAUACUAGAUGAAAUACUGAACUAACACAAAUAACAGAACAUGAAUGCUCCAGUUUAACAAAAGAAAUGUUGAGUCGAGAUAUUUCUGUAAAUUAUUACACAUAAACAUUCUUACGGAAUAUAAAAUCAUCAGCGUAAUAUGAGCUGUGAGGUACUAAAAUCGUGAAUGUGGGAUUUUCAGGAAAUCAAUGUUUUAUUCGGGGCAAAACCUACGGUAUAUUUUAAUAUAUAUAGCGAAGCUGAUGAAAUAUUGUGUAAUUUUCUUCACAGGAAUAUGACUUAUGUACGUAUGAAAGUAAAUCAGUUUCGCAAGUCAUAUCUAGGUGUGCACAGUUUUUAGUAAGAAGUUGAACCACUAUUGUGACUACAGUAAUAAAAAGAUACUUUCCCUAACAAUACCUUACGAGUUUAUUGCGGUGAUUGUGACGUUAAUUGACAAAAAGGACGCAGAAUUACAGGAAAGAAGAUGAUAAAUCAAAAGCCGACAUAUUAAUGGACACUUUCUAGCUUAACUCCACUUUUGAUGAAUUAUGAAGCAAUAAUAUGUUUGGAUGUGGACAUUUUUAAAAGACGUUUUUGUUAAAGAGACUUAGCUCUAAUAGUAUGCCUUUUGUAUAUAAAAAUGAAAAAUACGAAGUACUUACUAACUUCGCGCUGCUUUUGAAAUUAACAAACUUUUGUGAGCCGUCACAUAAAAAGGGACAGCCUGUUGUAAAUCAUAAACGAGCGGACGCCGUACAGCAACUUGGCAUUGUGUCGAUUUGCAUUUAUGAACUUAUUUUACUUGACGGCGAACAUUCUAUUUUAUAUUAUGAGUAGUUUUAGCUGUUUGUUAAGUGAUAAAUACUAUGCGCAGUUAAGCUAACAUAAACACAGAGAUUAGUUCUUAAUAUUCGAGGGAACCAUACAUACUUUAUUUCUUUCAACAUAUGUUUGCAGAAUUGUCAAAAUUGCCGUCUCUGAAUGCCUUGAAGAGCGACUGGUAAAUAAACAUUGUUUGCGCUGUAUUGAAAUGAAAAUAAAUCUUAAAUGUUUACUAAUUAAUUACUAAACGUUUUGCCAUAAAAUGUGUUAAUCUAAUGCGCGGUUAAUUCAAAUUCAUUAAAAUGCGAUUACGGAAGCAAAGGCGAAUUCGAUUUGCAUCAAUCCAGAAUCUAAACUAAGCAUUUCCCGAUAUCUUAUGCAGGUCAUUGACAAUUGUUACAUUGAUCAUAUGUUUUUUGUUUAUAUAUAAUAUUAUUUAUUCUAUGGGUCACAUUGACUUUUAAAUAUUUUAAUAUAAUUUAUGCUUUGGGUCACAUUGACUUUUAAGUGUUUCACCACAUGCUAUUGUCUAUAUUUUCUUGUUUGAAAUUUUAAUGCCAGUAGCAAAGGCCCGGGAGGUAUAUAGUGUUUGAACCGUCCGUCUUCCGUCCGUCCAAGCAAACGAGAGGACAUUUUGUGGGUACUGAGGACAAUAGGUAAUGGUAUAUUUUUUUCAUUCUGUACUGCUUAUAGGGUACUUUCUGUCGCUUGUUGGGUACUUUGUAAUAAAAGAAAUUCCCAACAAAUAUUCGUUAGUAAGAAAGUCCGCCCGUCAGUCCAUCACACUUUCUUGUGUUCUAAACUCCUCCUACAGUUUCCAAACAGUUGAAUGGAACUUGGUUUAUAUUAUCAACAUGAAGUGGACAUGUGCAUAUUUUUGGAACUUUCAUGUCUGAGUGUUUUUUCCUGAAGUUUUGGGCCUUUUUGAACUUUGAAAUCAUUACAACUAUAUCAGAACAUUGUACACUCAUCUCCUGCAACAGUUUCUAUUCAACUGAAAUGAAACUUGGUAAACAUCAGCACAAUGAUGCGGGCAAGCAAAUAUCAUUGUGAUGUUAAAGUCAGAUUGUUUUUUUUUCCGGAGCUAUGGCUCUGUUGUUAACUUUAUUUUUUAUUGUAUAGGGCAUUUUCAGGGGACAUGUGUCAUAGAAGGUUGACAUCAUUCUUGUUCUGUCAUCAUUUCAUAAAGAAUUCGUUACAAUUUUCAAAGAAGUAGUUCGUUGGAACGCUACAAUUUAAGUUGGUUUUUUUUUCAAAUUUAUGUUAUUACAUGUAUGGAUGGGUUAUAGCGUUUGUUAAAAAUUUGAAUCGUUUUAACUUCAUUUUAUGCACUUUAAGUAAAGUUACUUUGUAAACAGUUUCAUAGAAACCUAUUUAAAUGUUAAGUAUUA